GCAUUUAUGACGCCGAUAAUUUUCCCCAUUGAAGGAUAAUCACCGUGAAAGCGAGCGUAAAUGAAAUCUUUGAACUCCAGUUUUGCAGCCUCAAUAUUUUCGUCUGGGAUUAAGACGAAAGGCGCGCCAGAGACAUGUUCUGAUGGGGUUCCCAUCUCCUGCAAUUGAGCAGAACUUUUUAACAACGCAGCAUAGUUCCGGGGACUGUCCAAGUUAUCCGUGGAUUUGAGAUCACUUUUGACCACAGCCGAACCGCCGCAAGGAUUUGAAACCUCCACUGGUGGAGGAAGAAAGGAAUUUGGAGUAGAAGGGGGGGCCUCCUUCAACAUCAACUCAGAAUUGAUUGAAAAACUGGAAUCUGCAACAGCAACAGAACCAGACGCAGGGAAACUAGGAGCAGAGGAAGAACUUGUCGCUGGAAUCGUAGAUCCAGAUGCAACUACGCCGAGGCCAGAGUGGUCGGCGAGAGAGAGAGACCUAUUCUUCUUCUUAGCCAUAGAAGACAGCCCAACAGACCGCAUCAGGCCAUGGACCUUGAAAGACAGAGCAAGAGGUGGACGGGGUUUCUUCUUCUUUGGGAGCAUCGAGACAUGAGGAGGAGAGGAGAAUACAGCAAGAAGACCAAGGAGAGGCAAAGAGUUCUCGCCGGAGAGCGUGGUGCCCACCGACGGCGGAGUUAGGUAAGAAAAACCUAAUCCCCUUUUUUAUCGCAGAGAGAGAAAGAGCCGUUGAGAUUUCAGAGAGCAAAGUUGCACGUAUUAUUCUUCAACAUAGACUGCAGAAAAAUACUAAAAAACUCUCUGUCACUUACUCAUUGCGCAAGCUAAAGUCAAGGUUACGAGAAUAUAUAUCGUGGUCGAACUAAAUCUUGGUUUGCAGCAAGGACUCUACAACACAGAGAUAAACAAUAAAUGGGUGAGAAAAAAGUGACUGAAGAGAAAGAAGAAGCGAUGAAGAUCAAGAAGACCUCUCUUGUCUUCGCCGUUAAUGGAGAAAGAUUCGAUCUCGAUCUCUCUUCUGUUGAUCCUUCUACCACCCUCAUAGAUUUCUUGCGUAACAAGACUCCUUUCAAGAGCGUCAAGCUUGGUUGUGGUGAAGGUGGUUGCGGCGCUUGUGUUGUUCUUCUCUCAAAGUACGAUCCACUCCUCGACAAAGUCGAUGACUACACAGUCAGCUCAUGUCUCACACUCCUCUGCAGCAUCGACGGCUGCUCCAUCACCACCUCAGAAGGCCUAGGCAACAGCAGAGCAGGGUUCCACGCCAUCCACGAACGCAUCGCAGGUUUCCACGCUACACAAUGCGGUUUCUGCACACCUGGCAUGACCGUUUCCAUGUACUCUGCUCUCUUGAACGCUGACAAGUCUUCUCAUGACCCUCCCAGCAACGGCUCCUCAAACCUAACUGCUGCUGAAGCAGAGAAGGCUGUGUCAGGUAACCUAUGCAGGUGUACUGGAUACAGACCCCUCGUGGACGCUUGUAAGAGCUUUGCAAAAGAUGUUGAUAUUGAAGAUCUUGGAUUCAACUCCUUUUGCAAGAAGGGAGAGAACAGAGAUGAUGUUUUGAAGAAGUUGCCUUGUUAUGAUCAUACCUUGUCCUCCACGUUUCCAGAGUUCUUGAAGAAGGAGGUCAAGAUGGAUAUGAGUGUUGAUGAUUCAAGAAAGUACAGAUGGUCAAGCCCUGGAAGUAUCUCAGAGCUUCAAGGUUUAUUACAGGUAGACAAUGGUGUGUCUGUUAAGUUAGUUGCUGGUAACACAAGCACUGGUUAUUACAAAGAAGAGAAAGAGAAGAAGUAUGAAAGAUUUAUCGAUAUAAGGCGGCUUCCUGAGCUCAGUGUGGUAAGAAGAGAUGAGAAAGGAGUUGAGCUAGGAGCUGCUGUUACCAUCUCAAAAGCUAUUGAGGUUCUAAGAGAGAAAGAAAGUGUCUCUAUGUUGGCGAAAAUGGCUACUCACAUGGAGAAAAUAGCAACUAGAUUCGUUAGGAACACUGGAACAUUAGGUGGAAACAUCAUGAUUGCACAGAGGAAACAGUUUCCUUCAGAUCUCACAACCAUACUUGUUGCUGCUAGAGCCACAGUGAAGAUCAUGAGGAUAAGCUCCAAUGUUCAAGAACAGUUUACACUAGAAGAGUUUCUCCAACAGCCUCCUCUUGAAGCCAAGUCUCUUCUUGUGAGUCUAAUGAUUCCAUCUUGGAGACCAUUGAAGAACGGUUCUUCUUCUUCAGAUACUCAUCUCCUCUUUGAAACUUACAGAGCAGCUCCACGUCCUCUAGGAAACGCAUUGGCGUUUCUCAAUGCAGCUUUCUCAGCUGAAGUUUCUUUGAAUGAAUCACGUGAUGGUGUUGUUGUUAAUGAUUGCUUGUUAGCGUUUGGUGCUUAUGGAACCAAACAUGCACACAGGGCGAGGAAAGUAGAAGACUACCUUGUGGGAAAAGUUAUCUCUGAUGAGGUUUUGAUGGAAGCUAUUGGCUUACUUAAAGAUGAGAUAGUACCUGAUAAGGGUACUUUGAAUCCUGGCUAUAAAUCAAGCUUGGCUGUUACUUUCCUCUUUGAGUUCUUUGGAUCUUUAACUACAAAUGGUUUGCUCAACGGAUGUAAAGAGAAUGGUUUUGAAUCUUUGAAACGUGAAGCUAUGUUGUCAUCUGCACAACAGAUAGUUGAAACUCAAGAACAUAGUCCGGUCGGUAAAGGCAUUGUAAAGGCUGGAGCUAAGCUUCAAGCAUCUGGUGAGGCUGUGUAUGUAGACGACAUUCCUUCGCCGAAAGAUUGUUUAUACGGUGCAUUUAUCUACAGUACAAUGCCGUUGGCAAGGAUCAAGAGUAUAAGGUUCAAGGAGAACAGAGUACCAGAGGGAGUUCUUGGCAUUAUAACUUACAAAGAUAUUCCCAAAGGUGGACAAAAUGUUGGUACCAAAGGUUUCUUUACUUCUGCCCUUUUGUUUGCAGAAGAGAUCACUCAUUGUGCUGGUGAGGUCAUCGCCUUCUUGGUUGCAGAUAGUCAAAAGCUUGCAGAUAUUGAAGUAAAUCUUGUUGUGAUUGAUUAUGACACUGAGGGUUUAGAACCGCCAAUACUGUCCGUAGAAGAAGCUGUUGAGAAGUCUAGUUUUUUCGAGAUCCCUCCAUUUCUGAAGGGUAAACCGGUUGGUGAUAUCACCAAGGGGAUGUCUGAAGCUGAACAUAAGAUUCUUGGUUCAAAGAUAAGUUUGGGUUCACAGUACUUCUUCUAUAUGGAGACACAAACAGCUCUUGCAGUGCCUGAUGAAGACAACUGUAUGUUGGUUUAUAGCUCCACUCAAGCCCCUGAGUAUGUACACAGAACCAUCGCUGGAGCUCUUGGUGUUCCUGAGAAUAAUGUCCGUGUCAUUACUAGACGAGUUGGAGGUGGCUUCGGUGGGAAAGUCAUGAAGUCAAUGCCUGUUGCUGCAGCUUGUGCACUUGCAGCAACCAAAAUGCAGCGACCAGUGAGGACAUAUGUGACCAGGAAAACAGAUAUGAUAACAACUGGAGGAAGACAUCCAAUGAAAAUCACAUACAGUGUUGGAUUCAAAUCCAAUGGGAAGGUUACUGCUCUAGACUUAGAGCUGCUACUUGAUGCAGGGAUGAGUGAAGAUAUAAGCCCUCUUAUGCCAUCAGGGAUCCAAGGAGCAUUGAUGAAGUAUGACUGGGGUGCUCUCUCUUAUGAUGUGAAAGUAUGCAAAACAAACACUGUGAGCAGAACAGCUGUCAGAGCUCCUGGGGAUGUACAAGGAACUUAUAUAGCUGAAGCCAUCAUUGAGAAAGUAGCUUCAUAUCUUUCUAUUGAUGUAGAUGAAGUCAGGAAGGUUAAUCUCCAUGCGUAUGAGAGCUUAAAGCUGUUUUAUGAUAAGAAAGCUGGUGAGUCCACUGAGUACACGUUACCACAGCUUUGGGAGAAGCUAGAAGAGUUCUCUGGGUUUAGCCAGAGGAGGAAGGUGGUUGAUAUGUUUAAUGCAUCAAGCAAAUGGAGAAAGAGAGGGAUCUCACGUGUGCCUGCAGUUUAUGGAGUGUCUUCGAGGUUAACACCAGGGAGAGUAAGUGUUUUGAGCGAUGGUUCAGUAGUGGUUGAGGUUCCAGGGAUUGAGAUAGGACAAGGGCUAUGGACAAAGGUGAAACAGAUGGCUGCAUUCUCACUUGGACUGAUCCAGUGUAGUACUACAAGCGAUGAGCUUCUUGAGAAGAUCCGUGUCAUCCAAGCAGACACGUUGAGUUUGGUACAAGGCUCAGUAACUGGUGGUAGCACAAGCUCUGAGGCUAGUAGUGAAGCGGUUAGGAUUUGCUGUGAUGGCUUAGUUGAAAGGCUGUUACCUGUCAAGACUGCUUUGGUUGAGAAAACAGGAGGACCUGUGACUUGGGAUAGCCUCAUCAGUCAGGCUUAUAUGCAAUCGGUGAACAUGUCUGUUAGUAACACAUACUCACCAGAUUUCUACAAUACUCAGUACCUUAACUAUGGAGUUGCAGCGAGUGAGGUUGAAGUAAACAUUUUGACUGGUGAAACAACGAUCCUGCGCACGGAUAUCAUCUAUGAUUGUGGGAAAAGUCUCAACCCUGCUGUGGAUUUAGGACAGAUUGAAGGAGCAUUUGUUCAAGGACUUGGUUUCUUUAUGCUUGAAGAGUACCUAAUGAACUCAGAUGGUCUCAUAGUAACAGACAGCACAUGGACUUACAAGAUCCCAACGGUCGACACAAUUCCAAGACAGUUUAAUGUUGAGAUUCUCAACAGUGGACACCAUAAGAACCGUGUUCUUUCAUCCAAAGCUUCGGGUGAACCGCCAUUGCUUUUAGCAUCUUCUGUUCACUGUGCGGUCCGAGCAGCUGUUAAAGAAGCAAAUAAACAGAUUCAGACAUGGAGUGAUAACCAACAAGGGGUUGAUCUGAGCUUUGAUUUGCCUGUUCCAGCAACAAUGCCUGUUGUGAAAGAGCUUUGUGGACUUGAUGUUGUUGAGAAAUACUUGGACUGGAAAAUCAAGCAGAGGAAGAACAUUUGA